UCCACUAGUCAAUACAAAGUCAACAUAACGCUCCUGGUCCACAUUUGUUGUGGAUUCGAAGGCAUUUCCAGGCCAUGAGAAGGCAAACAUGUCGCCGAUUGCGGCACACGAAUGUCGCCCUCGCCUCAAUGUGCUCGCCUACCCGAGCCGGAGAGCUCGGCUACACUGUGAAAACAUGGCUGCGAGCGAGCGUGCAGCGACCGUACGGAAGUGAGGUGCCCAUGUUCCGCCAAAGUGGAGAGCGCACCAGGAUGCGGAGAUUGUAGGCACCCGCCGUAGUAUGGCCGCGUCCCGUUCCUCGCGUGUCACAAGGUCAUCGGUGGGGCUCAAUGGAUUGGACGAGAACUUUUGUGGCCGCACCCUCAGGAACCGCAGCAUUGCCCAGCCGGAGGAGACACCUGUGUCUCCACUGCCUCGGGCCCGCUCUCCCAAGAAGAGGCAGGAAUCCCGGCAGGACUCGAGGCUGUCGAAACAGGACGUCAAACAGGGGUCCAAGAAGGAGGACAAGCCGGAGUCCAAACCGGAGUCCAAACCGGACCCCAGACCGGACCCAAAGAAGGAAAAGACCAAGCAGGAGGCUAACGAGGACACUGACAACCAGUCGGCCCGGGACUCGGAGCGGCAGAUCUCGUUGCAGGGACGGUUAAAUGACUCAAAUGACUGUAAUAGUUCUCCGGCAGCCGAGCAGGACCUGUUGGCCGGCCCACACAAACGGAGCGGCUCGUGCCUGGAAAAAGACAUUAGCCCUGAGAAGUCUGAACGUUGCGAUAAAGGGAACGGGGUGCCGGAUGCUCCUCCUUUCAUCAAAAGGGCCAAGCGAUGUUCCCGAGCCGGGGAAUCUCAGGAAUGCGAGGAGGACACGGUGAGCCCGGAGAGUCCCGUCUCUGUUCCUGAACCUUGCGAAGGCAACACUUGUGUAGACAUUCCCACUUGGAACUCGAACUUGGCUCCCGACUCACCUCUCCUUGAGGAAGAGGAAGGAGAGCUGGCCAAAGAUGGCCGGGUGGAGUGUGAAGGGGCGCCGCAGCCCCUCGCCACUCUGAAAGCCUCAAACGGCCUCCGGGACGACGCAGCGGAGAACCAUGGCGACGUGGCCGAAGAACCUUCGAGUCCUGCCUCUGCCACCAGCUGCCCGCCACUGCUCAACGGUGGCCAGGCGGGGGCGCCCCCCUCGCCCCACCCCACGGUGCCUUGUACGAACUCUAGCCCGGCGCACACAGAGGUCGCCGCCUCAAGGCAGCUGCCCACGUCGUUCUCUCCAGCCCCUCUGGAGGACCCACUUCCUGAUCUGGUAGUGGCCAGGGAGCAGGAAGUAGAGGACGUGGAGGUUGACGUGGUGGGCGACUCCCUUUGUCUGGCUGGCGAGGAGCAGGUGUUGGACAGCGAGUGCGAUGACAACGGUCAUCCACUCACGCCGGUGCCGGACGCCGGCUCCUCGCCUUCACUCGCCGCCGACAACAGCAACUCAGGAGAAACAACACCCCCGCUGGCGACGACCCCGCCGCCCACCGAGACCGGUUGCACGCCCCCGUCUUUUGCCGAGCUCUAUGAACACAGGUACACCUUGCGGACUUCGCCCCGCAAAGUGUCCUCCACCAAGGCCUGCUCUCCACCCCGAGACAACGGCCCCCUAAAGGAGGACGGGGAGGCGGUUGAAGGGAUGGAUACGGACUUUCCUGCUCCUUCAGACUCUUUGUGUUCCCCCGAUGACAACGAGAUCACCUGUGCAGAGCCCGGAGAUGAGACGGGCCGCAACGACGGCGGUCCCGUGGCGGCCCGGGAUGCCGACGUCGGCAAGGAAGCGAUGUGCAGUCACACCACGGAAGAGGAGGAAGAGGAAGAGGAGGAGCCCGACGUGUAUUACUUUGAAUCCGACCACCUGGCUCUGAAACAUAACAAAGAUUACCAGAGGUUGCUGCAGACCAUCGGCGUUCUCGAGGCCCAGCGCACGCAGGCCAUUCUGGACUUGGAGACGUUGGCGCGGCACCAAAGAGAGGCCCUGGCUGACCCCAUCAGCUUUGUGGAACAGCUGCAGAAGAGGGUGAAUCUGGGCCUGCCAUGCCCCCAGCGUGUCGUUCAGCUCCCGGACGUGGCGUGGGAGCAGUAUACUUCCGGCCUCGGGGAUUUCCAGAGGGAGCUCUGCGACAAGAAACGCAAAACCAGGCGGCUCAAGCUCAUGUUUGACAAAGGUUUGCCUGUCCGACCCAAAAGUCCCGUCGAGCCCAAAAAGGAGUGCGAAACCUCUACCUUGUAUUCCUCACUGCCCACAAGUGACGCCCCAGAGAAUGGCAGGCAGACGCAGAUGAUCCGGGGUAGGCUUUGUCACUCCAGCAAGCCCGACACCUUUAACCAGCUGUGGACGGCAGAAGAGCAGAAGAAACUGGAACAGCUCCUUCUCAAGUUCCCUCCAGAGGAGGUGGAGUCCAAAAGGUGGCAGAAGAUCGCAGACGAGUUGGGCAACCGGACGGCCAAACAGGUUGCCAGUCGGGUCCAGAAGUACUUCAUCAAACUGACAAAAGCUGGAAUCCCCGUGCCUGGAAGAACGCCUAACCUGUAUAUGUACACUAAGAAGGCGAGCAGCAAGAGGCAGCACCACCUCAACAAACACCUCUCCCGGCCAUCCACCUUCCUCACCUCUUACGAGCCUCCCGUGUUUAUGGACGACGACGACGAGGACGACGACGAGCGGGUGGCGUUCUACGGCGCCAUGCACGACCCCGCCGACGAUGACUCGGACGAAGACGUCAUCCCCGUUGAGCUGCGUAACCUUCCUGAGUAUAAAGAGCUGGUGGAGCUGAAGCGUCUGAAGAAACAAAAGCUUCAGGAGCUCCGCGAGGACAAAGCCGGCGUGCGACACCUGGGAUACAAGUGCGACAUGUGCGGCAUCGAACCCAUCCAGGGUGUGCGAUGGCACUGUCUCGAUUGUCCGCAGGACAGCGCCGUGGAUUUCUGCACCAACUGCUCAGACUGCUUGUUGAAGACCGAGACCCACAAGCCAAACCACCACUUGGACCCCGUGUACCAGCCCGAGACUUUACUAGACAGCGAUUACCGUCUGCCGCAGAGCACCAGCUACAACUACCUGGACCCCAACUACUUCCCGGCCAACAGAUGACAGACGAGCGGCAGGCGCCCGUAGCUCCACCACACGCACUCGUUCUCUUCCUGUCUCGUUCUCUCCCUUCUCUCCGGUGUGCUUGGCUGCAUUAUCACGCCGCCAUGUCGGAACACCACCAGAUGGGUGGGGGGCGAACAGAGCAGCACAGCCGCCGCCGCUGCUGGUGGGGCGGCUCAGUCGUUGGGCCACCAUCUCAGCAAGGUUAAUUAAUUCAUGGAUCUUUUCAGUGAAAAAAAAAAACAAAAGUGAAGGCAACAUUCCCAUGUGUCAAGAGUGCCAGUGUCGCACCGCUGCAUUUCAAAUGCAGGCACAGUGUUUUUUGUUUUUUUUCCUCCCUCCCCCUCUCUCACCCAUCAGUGUUUGCCGCCAUGGAUCACGUGAAGUGUUUAUGGAGACAAGUAGUUGGCGCUAGUUGUUGUGUGUGUGCCAUUUAAAACAAUACAAAACAAACAAAAAAAAAAAAACAUUGUUUUGUCGGUCAUCUUUCGGUUUAAGUCCAUGGAAAAAGAUUGUAUUUUUAUUAAUCUAUUUAAAAAAAAAACUUAAAGAUUUGAGGUGGUGUUUGGUGCCUCCACUUUUAUACACGAAGACACUCGCGCACACUCAAAUACACACACACAUACAUGCCCAUAGAUCUUGUUUGUGCAGACUAGACACCAUUCUCACCUCUCAGUCCCCCCACACCCCUGCUUCAAUAUCUGUGUAUAACAAGUCUGUUCUUAUGUAAAAAAACAAAAA